AUGCGCUCGGCGGCCGCAGCUCCUCGGGGCCCCUCGGCGGCCAUCGAGCCUCGUCGCUUCGCCGCGGCCAGGUGGCCCGGGCGGCGCUCGCUCCCGCGGCCGGCGCGGCGGGGCGGGCGGGGCGGCGGCAGCGGCGGGGCUCCGACACCGUAUCCCUCCGCCGCCCCUCCCCCGCCCGGCCCCGGCCCCCCUCCCUCCGAGCAACGCUCGCCUCCCUCUGCCUCAGACUGUUUUGGUAGCAACGGCAACGGCGGUAGCGCGCCCCGGCCCGGCUCCCGGCGGCUCCUCGGUUUCCGCGGGCCUCCCCGCCCCUUCGUCGUCCUCCUUCUCCCCCUCGCCGGCCCGGGUGCCCCCCCCGCCGCGCCGACCCGCGCCUCCCCGCUCGGCGCCCGCGCGUCCCCGCCGCGCUCCGGUGUCUCCUCGGCGCGCCCGGCUCCCGGCUGUCCCCGCCCGGCGUGCGGGCCGGUGUAUGGGCCCCUCACCAUGUCGCUGAAGCCCCAGCAGCAGCAGCAGCAGCAGCAGCCCGUGGCCGCCAAUGUCCGCAAGCCCGGCGGCGGCGGCGGCGGCGGCCUUCUCACGUCGCCCGCCGCCCCCUCUGAGGCGGCGGCGGGGGCUCCAGAGCUCCCCGGGAAUCGUGGGGCUCUGUGCAGUUUUCCGCAGCGUUCCGCCCUCCCCCACGUGCGGAAGGGAUGGGGGAGUGCCCGACCCCCCUCCAGGCCUCCCUCCUUCCCACGCAAGGCCUCUCUGGCGCGGAGGGCGGCCGAGCCGCAUUGCUGUUCCGAGGCCGCGGAGGAGAAGGCGCCUUUGAAUAGUGGUGGGCGACGGCCGGCCCCAGGCGCGCGGUAG